AUGUCAAAAAUUGAAGAGAAGCCAGGAUUUUCCUAUUUCUUGACAACACCAUGCGAAGUCUGGGAUGCUCUAGAAUAUCAUGAGGAAUGGCGUGCGGCUAAGCAUCCAAUGAACAAAGGGAAGCUUACAACCGCACUUUACAAACAACUUGACUGGUUUAAAAAUACGGGUUCCAAAGAAGAAAAGGAAGCAUCCGAAAGGAUGUUAAAUCAAUUUAAGACUACGGUUCUUGAUUGGCGAUGGACUACGGUUCCGCCAAAAUCCUUUCAUGAACUUACAGAAGAGGGUUUAUAUACUGAUGGAUAUAUUUACGAUUUUUGGGCUAACGCGAUGGCUGAGAAACAGGCGGACUUACAAGAGUCAAAGGUUGAUGCAAAAAUUUGUGGAUUAAAGGCAGAGCAACGUUUAACAAUCGCUGCUGUCACAACAAAACAAAUGGAACAGUAUGCACUAUCUACAACUUUCAAUGUUCAUACAAAGCCGGUAGGGGGGAAACGAAAAGAUCACACGGACAAGAAUUAUACAAAUGCAUUGUCUCCCAAAAAAAGGAGAGCUGAGAAAAGACCAACAUAUACUGAACCAAUAACUGAUGACGAAGAAUUUGAGCAACAAGCUAUGUUGUUCUUUGAACCCUCCGAAAUAUCAAAAAUCCAAGAGAUGGACGCGGAAAAGACCGAAAGAACUAACAGUUGGGAAUUUAAGCUAUUGAAAUGGCAACAGCAUAUCCUUAAACAAUUAAUUCACGGAAUUCACCUAUCAAAGAAAAAUAUCAACAAUGCACUUUGUGCUUCGUCGAUCUUUUAUUUUCAACAAAAUAAUGAGCAGGCAUAUACUGGUUUUCUAACAACAGAUGAAAUCAAUGAUAUUCGGUCACGUGUCAUUUCAAAAUUCGAAAUAAUAGAGAUUCCAAAUGGAGUUAAGGAGUAUGUGAAAGAAAACAAGAAGGAUUAUCAACAAUGUAGUCUGGAAGAAAUUGAAAGGUUUCUUAAACGCGAUGUUGGGAAUCAAGUUGAUGAAAAGUUAUUAUCCAGGACGUUUUUCAGAUUGUUAGAAGAAUGUGUGUUAAGGGAUUCUUUAGUGAACAUGAAUGAAUUGACAGAAGGAACAUUCAUGGUGGAUUAUGUUGCGCCACUCUUUAAUAAGACGAUUCAUUAUUUUAAUUACACAACUACGCAUUCAUGGAUAGAUGUAAGGUCUUAUGCAUCUAAAUUACGCCGUGGUUGUGGUCGGGUACCCGAUUACAAGCUAAAUAAUAGAAAUGGAACUCGUACGGCUGUAUUUGGCGAAGUGACCAGUCCAAAACGUCAAAAUAAUCCACACAAAGCUUUCUGGGACAUCUAUCGUGGUGCCACACAUGCGAAAGAUGACAUCGAUUAUAAUAUCAACCAACAAGGAAUAGAGUUACAGCCACAUGGGGCAAAACGAAUAGUCACUUUUAUAAAUGGCUAUAAAAUGUCAGUGUGUGUCAUGGAAUUGCAUUCUCCUGGAAUAUAUCUACUGGUUGAAGUGGUCUCGUGUAAUAUUCCAAAAAACGUUAGAGAUUUGGAACAGAUUAUGAUCUUUUAUCAAAUUUUAAUGAGCAUCCGGUAUAAUGCUGGGGAUAUAUUUGGCGAGAGAUUUUGCACAACACCACUUCAAACGAAAACGAAUUAUAAAGAAUGGAUACGCCCAACUAUUAGUCCCCAAUAA